GUCCCCCGGUUGAACCUGUUGUCGAACCCCCACUAAGCGAGGAUCCGUUUGACGAGUUUGAGUAUGAAGAUGAAGCCCUGGACGAAGCCGAGGGUUACUAUACGGAAGAAGGUCUCGACGACGAGCCGUUCGAAAACCCGUGGAGAAACCAGCAGGGUUCCCCCGCGUAUACGUUUAAUAUCGAAGAACUAACAACCCAGGACCCCAACCUCGAAGAUGCGCCCCCCGUAGAAGACAGGUUAGAAGGAAGCCUGAAGGAUGUUCCCUUGGAUCCGCAUGGGAAAGAAAAAGCCCUCGGGAUGCUGCUUGUGGAAAAAGAUAUUUUUGCUCGCGAU